GUAAAGUGCUUGAAUCUCUCAAAAACCUUAUGAGGACUCUGACAUCUCUUCGGCGUUUGGAGCUUAGAGAUCUAAUGCUUAAUGUUCUUGAUGGUCAGAAACUCUUAGAUGAAGUCUGUGAUUUAUGUACCCUUACUCUCAGAGAGUUAGUUCUAGUCAAUGCUACCGAAUAUCCUUGUCAACUUUUGCAUGUUGGGGUCUUCUUGAAUUUAGAGGUGCUUGUAAUAAGUCCACAAAAUUUAGGAGAAGAUGCACUCAUUCUUCUAGGUCAAACCAAACUUCGCCACCUUCAUAUUUUGCAAAACUCUUUCACGCCAUCUGAGUUAAUGUUGUUUCCAGUGGCAGGGAAAGCAUGGAAAAUGUGUAGAAAAGACAAUCCAGGUCUUUCUGUCCACUUAAAAGUAGAGUCACUAAAAGAGAGAGAAGUUGUUUGGCAAGAGAAGGCUCCUGUCAGAUCCAUAAUCUAUAAUUCUCCCUUAACAAAGAUUCAAUCUCAGUCAGUAAUGACUAUAAUUGAUCUGUAUUCUCAAGACUUAAGGGCGUAUGGUCACCUUGGACUCCCUCGAUUUCAGCGCUCUAGAUCAUUUCAUGAAAGAGUUGAUGCAUUACUUCUUCUUCUCGUUCGUCAAUCUGUUUGGCUGCAUACUUUGGUGAUUCGUGAAAGAAUAUCUACAGCUACAGUGCUGCUCCUCGCUAAAACUGGCUGCAACCUCCAGAAUUUAAUGAUAAGACGCAAUGCCGUUAUUCUACGCUGUGACUGGCCCAGGAGUCCAGAUUGGAGUGAAGAGUUUUAUCAAUGGCUGAAAGUUUCUUCUCGCUCUUAUGAAGCAACAGAAAAAGAAGUAUCACAGUUACUUGGUGCUAAAUGGCGAAUGCUUACUGAUAAACAGUUCAAGGUUUUAACUGUUGAUCUACAUAAUUUAAAAUAGAUGACACAAGCACAUGUAAGUUUUUUGUUCAAUCUAAUGUAAAGAUUCUUGGAAGCUCCUGCAUAGAUUCAACAAUUAAAAAUCAACAUUAUUUGUCA